UCGCUUCUGGGCCCACAGGAGGCUGGCCUUCAGCCACCGCCGCACCCGCAGGACGGUGCAGGGUCAGGAGAGUCAGGGACAGGGUGGGGUGUCAGCGCAGGUAGGGGACAGGGACAAGCAGGACACCCCUGUCUCCGCAGGCCAGUACCUCUGCUCGGUCACCAUGCAUAGGCUGACCGACGGGCAGCUGAGGCACUUGAGCUCGAGGAGGACACCCCUGGUGGUCACAGCCUCGGUGGCCGGGGGCCAGACGUCUGUGGAGCAGGUGGGGGCCGAGGUGCCCUUCAGCCCUGGGCUCUACGCUGACCAGACCGAGAUCCUCCUGAGCAACCACCUGUCCAGCCGCGAGGUCAAGGUCUUUGGGGCCGCGGAGAUCCAGGACAGCUUGGAGGUCAGGUCCGGGUCCCCAACUGUGGUGGCCUUCGCGAAGGAGAAGUCCCUGGGGCUGCCCAGUUUCAUCACCUACACGGUCGGCGUCUCGGACCCCAGGGCGGGCAGCCAGGGCCCUCUGUCCACCGCCCUGACUUUCUCCAGCCCUGCCACUAACCAGGCCCUCACCAUCCCGGUGACGGUGGCCCUGGUGCUGGAUCGCCGUGGGGCUGGUCCUUAUGAGUGUCAGGACGGGACGUCAUGGGAGGGUCCUGGGGGGCAGGGGCAGGGACGGCCAGCAUGGUCUCAGGGGUCAGUGGAAACCUGUGGUCAGAUGCAGACUUGGAGGGUCCUAAGUGCAGGGUGUCCCUCGAGGUGACAGUCACCUUUUUUGGGUACCGAGGACUGAACUCCGGCCCCUGCGCCCCCCCCCCCAGUGUUUUAUCCAGAGUCGGGGUCACUAGGUGCCUGCGCCCGCUGAGGCCCUUGGUGGGCCUGGGUCCCCGCAGUGGCCAUGGGACCCCACAGGCCCUGGCUUCUUGUCCACCUGUGACCCCCCACGGCCCCCACUCCGGCCACAGCGUCCUCCUCAUGGGGGGCCCUGGCCAGCGUCCUCCCCUCCUGGGACCCGCCCUCCUGAGCCAUUUCUGGCUCCCAAACCCCUUGACCCUCUUAUCCCCGGACACCAUUGCCAGAGCCGCCUGUCAUGGGCAGCGUGACGAUGGCUCGGGUUCCCACGGGUCUCCCCAGCUGGCCGGGCCUCGAGGCUGAAAUCCUGGCCUCCUUGCCUCCCUGCCUCCUCAGCCACGAGGUGCGUCCUGGGCUGGCCAGGUCACCACUGGAAACCUCCCACCUAGAGGGGACGCAGGGUGGACUCUGAGCGGGUCCCCUGCCCUGGUGGCCCUGCUGGGCAUCCUGGGGCCGGCAGACACUGGCAGGCCACCCUCCAGAUGGGCGGGGCUGGCGCGGGCCUGGGGUGGCCCUGGCCUGGCCUUGCU